AUGACGAAUCCUCAAACAACAAUUAGCGACACUUCGUUUACUGCUAUUAAUGAGUCUUUAAUUGAUGAGAUAGACCUUGAAGAAGACGCGUACGUAAAUUCCUUAGCUGAUAGCGUACUAAAAGUUAGAAACAAUUUUGUUACCCAUUGGUCAAAUUUAAUAAGUCUUUGUAAAAGUAAUAUAGAUGAAACCUCAGAUAAACGCUUAACACGAAGUAGUUAUAUUGCAAAAAGAAAGGAAGUCACAGGUCAAGUUUAUCAUUUUUUGAAACAGUAUACAUUUGAAUUGCAUAAGAAGGAGUUUGGAAGUUCAGUCUAUCUUACCGGCGAGGCUAAAGAAAAAGUUUUAGAAAAAUUAGGGACAUAUUUCGUAGAAUUAAAAGCAGACCCCAAUAAAUUUAACCCUUUGUUACAAAAUGUUAGAGAAGCUCAUAAUCGAGAAGUAGAUUUUCGGAAUAAAGCAUUUAAAAUAUUUAAGAGGGAACUUCUUUUCAAACAAUUAGCAUUAGAUGAGUAUGCAAAGAAUCUUGAACAAGACGUAGCGAACGAAACGAAAAAGACUGAAAAAGAAGUAGAUAAAGUAAGGAGGGAAUUUUCAAAGAAAGUAGCCGAUUCUUAUCUAGAAAACACCCGUUUAACAGCAGAAGUAGAGACAUUAACCCGAACAAAUUUUAAACAAGCAACUUUAAUAGCAGAUUUUAAUAAUAGACCCAAAGAAAGUCAGGCAAGCGAUGAGAGUAAAACAUUUUUGACAGAAUACGAGACAGCUAAAACCGAUCUAGAAAAAGCUAAGAGCGAAAUCAUAGGACAGAACGACUGCAUAAAUGAUUUAAGGAAUUCUCUAUCACAACUUAAGGAAGAUACUGAAGAUAAAAUAAAACAACUAAACCAUAGCUACAAUCUAUUAGACAACGCACACGAAGCUUUGAAGAACGCAAGUAAAUUAACAGAAGACGACGUAACAGCACUUACAAAUAAAAACCAAGAACUAUCUCAGAAGCUAGACACAUUGCAAAUUGAAGCCAACUCCAAAGAAGCAAGCAUAAAACUUUUGAAAACAACCAAACGAGACUUGUCCAAUAAAAUCUCUGACCUCGAACAAGAACUUAAAGCUAAAGAUUUAUACAUUCAAAAACAUUUGAACUCAACUCUAGUAGCAGAUACGCAAACCCAUUCAAAGCCCACCCAAACAACUAAUAUAAUAACCAUGACAUUAGGCAAUGGAAACGAAGAUGCACCAAUUACUAAGAGCCAUUUACGUGAAUUAUAUUCACAGGACGAACGUAAAUCUAUCCCGAUUUUUAAAGGCAAAAGAGGAGAGCAGUUAGUUAAUAAUUGGUUAAAAGAUGCGGAAAGAGUCGCACAAAGCGCAGGGUGGGAGAAGAAAGAUAAAAUUAAAUAUUUUUCAGAUAGACUAAGAGGAGAUGCUGCGGAUUGGCAUAGUGAUUAUAUGGAAAGAGCACAAGAUGAGGAAGAUUACGAUGCAUGGGAAAAAGCUUUAAUAAAUAGAUUUCUUACAGAAACAGAGUUAGAAAAUUUAAGGAAACAAUUAAACGAGCUUCGGCAGACCCCCGAUCAAAGCACACAGACUUUCGUUAGUAGAAUUAAUCAGUUAUAUGACAUCAUUCACGGAAAAGAAAUUACAUUAGGUGACAAAGCGACGAACGAAGCUAGGGCAUUAGCAAUAUCUCUGAGUCAAAUGAGAGGCGAAGCUAAACAAAAAAUUCUUUUAAAGGGUCUCUUGCCUAAAAUAUUGAAAGUAGUUUGGAGCCGCAUGGAUGUUGAUAGUGCUUACGAAGACGUAUGCGAAAUCGCCUACGCCGCGGAAACUUUAGUUAAUAGAAUGGAACAGAAUGAAGAUAAGAGUUUAAAGGCCACUAUAGCAGGUAUCUCUGCACACGAUAACGAGCAAGAUAUAGAGAUCUUGCGGCAGAAAACAAAGAUUGUUCAUUUAGAGAAACAGUUAGCCGGUCUAACUAUCGGAAAAAAUGCUCCACAGGAAAACAACGAGAUUGAUUUUCCCUCAAUAGCAGUUGCCGACGCCUUUAACAGACACAGAUCACCUUCCGGCGAUCGUAGACGGUCCAAUUCGGAAAAUCGGAUCCGUUUUCAGCAACCCCCAAGCCGCCAACACAGCGCGGAUAGAAAUAUUCCUCGAUCUAGAGGUACGAAUAAUCAACACCAUGGAUCACGUAGUUCUAGUGGUAACAGAUAUAAUGAUACACUAGAUAACCGUCCGAGAAGAGAGCCAACUCCACCACCACAAAAUUAUUCAAACAGAUCACAAGGACAAUUUCAGCGUCCCCAAAAUUUUAAUCCUAUGUUUAAUCCUCGUCGUAGAUUUCAGAAUUUAAGUGAAUAUCCUCAGCAUUUUCGAAACCAAACGUUUCGUGCCCAUCAGGUACCGCGCCAGAAUAACUUCGUUACCUCAGGUCCCCCUGGAGCUAGGCCACAGCAUAACGCUUGGUAUAACCCAGCCCAAGGAUUUAGAAAUAAGAGACAUAUAGAGUGUUAUGCUUGUGGAAAGCGAGGCCACUACGCGCGAGAAUGUCGCAGCGUGCCCCCGCCCCCGUCAACAGAACAGCAGUAG